CCUCGACGUCUCCAGCCAUUGGUGUCUGUGUCAUUACUAAUAGAGUCUUGUAAACACUCGUUAAUCACGUAAGGCCGCCGGCCUGGGGCUCCGCACGCCAGCCGGUGGCGGGUCUUCCCCGCCUCUGCAGCCUGGUGGAAAGGAGGUGGGAGGAAAGAAGGAAGAGAGAGCGGGAGGGAGGGAGGGAGGGAGGAGGCAGGCCCGAGGCAGGGACCGCCUCAGAGGCAGAAGCGCCGCGAGGAGCCGGCGGAGCACCGCGGGCCGGGGCGCAGCCACCCGCAGUUCCAGCGCCCCCUCAUCCCCUGCGCCAGCGCGGCGCCCCCCGGCAGCCUCCAGCGUCCGUCCCCGGGCAGCAUGGUGAGGUUCGCCGUCGGGCCCUCGCCACCAUGUACGUGAGCUACCUCCUGGACAAGGACGUGAGCAUGUAUCCCAGCUCCAUGCGCCACUCCGGCAGCCUCAACCUGGCCCCGCAGAACUUCGUCAGCCCCCCGCAGUACCCGGACUACGGCGGCUACCAUGUGGCGGCCGCGGCCGCCGCCGCCGCCAACCUGGACAGCGCGCAGUCCCCCGGGCCGUCCUGGCCGGCCGCCUACGGCGCCCCGCUCCGAGAGGACUGGAACGGCUACGCGCCGGGGGGCGCGGCGGCCACCGCCAACGCCGUAGCUCACGGCCUCAACGGGGGCUCCCCGGCCGCCGCCAUGGGCUACAGCGGGCCCGCCGAUUACCAUCCGCACCACCACCCGCACCACCACCCGCACCACCCGGCCGCCGCGCCCUCCUGCGCCUCCGGCUUGCUGCAGACGCUCAACCCCGGCCCCCCCGGGCCGGUCGCCACCGCCGCCGCCGAGCAGCUGUCGCCGGGCGGCCAGCGGCGGAACCUGUGCGAGUGGAUGCGGAAGCCCGCGCAGCCGGUGCUGGGCAGCCAAGUGAAAACCAGGACGAAAGACAAAUAUCGGGUCGUGUACACGGACCACCAGCGUCUGGAGCUGGAGAAGGAGUUUCACUACAGUCGCUACAUCACCAUCCGGAGGAAAGCCGAACUGGCCGCCACGCUGGGGCUCUCGGAGAGGUUAAAAUUUGGUUUCAGAACCGCAGAGCAAAGGAAAGGAAAAUCAACAAGAAGAAGUUGCAACAGCAGCAGCAACAGCCGCCCCCUCCUUCUGGGCCACAGCCUCCCCAGCCACAGCCAGGGCCACUGAGAAGCGUCCCGGAGCCCCUGAGUCCCGUGUCUUCCCUGCAAGGCUCGGUGCCUGGGGUUCUGGGGCCAGCUGGGGGCGUGUUAAACCCCACUGUCACCCAGUGACCCGCAGCGGCCUGCAGUAGCAAUUUCAGGCUGAGCCAUGAGGAGCAUGGACUCUGCUAGAACCCUCAGGAAAGACCCCCCUCCCUUCUCACCCACAAAUGUUCACCAGCUGACCUAGCCCUCAGAGCAGAAACAGACGGGGGCCUGGGGGAAAGAUGAGUGUGGUUGGGGUCCUCAAGGAUGACAUUCUCCUAGAUUUUGACUUUUUCCGUUCUGACACUUUCUGCCAAGUGAGGAGAUGGGAAAAGACACCGGGGCUUCCUUUAGUACCGGCGGACAUGCUGCCUGGACUGGCGGAACAGACCAGCCUUUCAGCCCCCUGCUUCUCCACUCUUGGCCUCCCAGAUCUGCAGGAUACAUCUCUGGUUGGAGCUGAGGCAGGAAAGGGGCUCAGGGGACUGCCAGGGAUGGAACCAAGAUGGUUAGGUCUACUGACGGCCCUCCAAGGUCCCGCUGGCCCCUCUCACCUCUAGGGCAGGCAAGAUUUAAGCUGCAGAAGCCAGUGGCAGCUAAGAUGGAGACCUGGGCCCACUGAAGCAUGCAGAACCCCCAGGUCUUUGUCUUUCUUCUCUUCCCAGUGCAGGAAAGACUUGGCUGGUGUAUGCACGGGGUCUAUGGUAGUGUGAGAGGGUGGCUGUUGGACUCCAGGCCUGACAAGUGGGGGGUGGGGGGGCGGGGACAGGGCCUUGUUUAGAAUGCCUGUCACCAGAGCCUCUCUGGGCUGAAUGUAUGUCAGUGCUAUAAAUGCCAGAGCCAACCUGGACUUCCUGUGAUUUUCACAAUCUUGGGGCUGAUGAAAAAGGGGGAGUUUCUGUUGUUGUUGCUGCUGUUUGGGUUGUUGGUCUGUGUAACAUCCAAGCCAGCAUUUUAAAAGCUUUCUGGAUCCAUGGGGAGAGAAGUGAUAUGGUGAAGGGAAAUGGGGGUGGGUGGGGGUGGGGGUGGUAUUUGAACACAGUUGAAUUUUUUUUUCUAAAAAGAAAAGAGAUAAAGGAGCUUUCCAGAUUUCAGAUUCUGUUUUUUAUCACCUAUCAGGUUUUGUCUGAAAUUAUUAUUAUUAUUAUUUUUUUUUUAAGAAAUGAAAUAUCCUCUCUCCUUGCAAGCUAGAAUUAGGAAAAUCAGGGUGGGGGUGGGGGGUGGAGAAGGUUAUCUGGACAUCCUCAUUUUACCCCAGAGCACCAGAAGCCCGAGGGAGCGGUUUCUGAGACCUGCCCUGCCCCCAAGCCGCAGCCCAGCCUUGCCUUCUGGAAUGCGUGGUUCUCCCGGGGGUGCCUGUGGGCAGGACGCACAGCUGAACGCCCAGCUGCUUCUCAGCUAGGGGAAUGGUGGGCAGUGGGCGCGAGAGAGCCCCUCACAGCGUCCAGUCAAGUCCACACGGAAGCCGUCACCCUCAGUCCCUUCAUUGGUGAGUCUCUUCUCCCCAGGAUGCCCAGCAUUCAAGUGAAAACACUCGAUUCUAUUCCCAAGGCAAAGUUUCCACGAACGUGCGUACUAAGUUGCCCCCAUGGACUAUAGCCCGCCAGGCAAGAAGACUGGAGUGGGGUGCCAUGCCCUCUUCCAGGGGAAUCUUCCUGGCCCAGGGACUGAACCCGCGUCUCCUGCAUCCGCAGGCGGGUUCUUUACCACUAGCGCCACCUGGGAAGCCCAGGUUCCCACGACCGUGUUCUGUAAAUGGCCUGUCUUGCCCCGUGCUGUUUCAUUUUCCCCACCCUCCCUCCCCGGUCUCUCCCUUCUCCCAGAUAAAAACUGGGAGAACCCAGCAAAGGGAGACCCUCGUGGAGAUCGGCUGGGCACGGGGUUGCUGCCCUUGAGGUUGCUGGUCCUACAAGCCGCGGAGCCGGGCGCGCUCGGCAGCGGCGGGGCCCGGGAAGAGGGGCUGUGCCCUCCACGCGGCCUCUCCGGGCCCUGAUCGGCGCCUCCACCGAGGGAGGAGGUGCCCCGAGGGCUGGGCUGGACGGGCCGAGCUGCGAGGCAGGAAUGCCCCCUGCAGUAUCGCCCCGAUUCCGCGGCGCUUCCGGAAGGCGCCUUCCCCUCGGCGCCUGGGACCGGGGCGGGGGGAGCGGUGGGGGUGGCCGGGGGCCGCGUGCCGGGCCCGGGGCGGGGGCGGCGGGGCAGCCGGUGGUCUCCGGGGGCCCGGCGCGGUUGCUAUGCGUUGCCGUGAAACGCCUGUCAAUAAAGCCUGUUUGGACAGUG